CACGGAACCUCGCGUUUUCCGAUUUAGACAUCCGUUUCCGGCCAAAGUAACAAGGAUGAGUAUCAAACUCCCUUCAAUGUAUAUAACUGCAAGAAGGCUGUUAACAAAAAAUUGGAUAACCGAAUCGAAUAUUCCUUUGUGUAUCAACCAGCGCCACUUUCAACAACACCACAACGUAAAUAAAUUCGACCGGCGAUUGCUUACCUGUCAAGGUACCUUGUUGCAGUUAUUUGCAAGAAACUAUGCUACAAAACAGAACGUGUUUGCGUACUCUGGGGACUUGGCCAUGCGAAAGCCUCUGGAGCCACAGAAUGUGCUGUACAGUGCUAAGGGACUGACAGACUCUUUGCAACAAGCUUCAGAAAGUGUUCAACGCCUUAGCACAGUUGGGUAUGCAGAUGGGAGGGAGAGGAAAGCACAUUAUGUGGAGGACAUACAAGACAGGAUGGAGGACCUUUUCGGGGCUGGUGCACACCUUGAACUUAGAAUUGCCAAAUUGACAGUGGACAUUCGAACAGUCAUCCCACACUGUGUCAAGUUCAGUCAGGACAAGAAGACCAAGGCUCAGCUGGUGGAGAAGAUACAGAUGAGGAAGAAGCUGCUGAAGUAUCUUCGCCAGGAGGACUAUCAGCGCUUCCUCUGGCUCUUGAGAGAACUGAAGAUUCGCUAUGCCCCCAUCCAGGAAUACCAUGGCCAUGCAAGCAAGAAGUUCCUUAAGAGAAGUUCCACAGUGAAGGCAGCAUUUGAUGUGAGAAAACAGAAACUGUUUGAACUUCGAGAACAACUAGAUGCUGAACGGGUGGACUAUGAGGUGUACAAACAAAAAACUUUGGUUAACAUUAAGAAUGAUAUUGACAAGCUAAACCUUGAUAGAGAGCUUCUGUGGAAGCAGCAGGUGCGUGAAUCAGUGACCAAGGCAGAGGUCAAUUUACUUAAAAAAUGAUAGGCUGGCAGGACCUAAGAUGCUUUUUCUGGGAAAAGCUGUCAGGUUGUUUGUGAGAUAUAUAACUAAAAGGUUGAAACUAGCAGAAAAUUUAAAGUUUUGUGUCAAGGUGAGUUGUCUGUGAGUUCUAUUGAACUUUUAUCAUAGUUUUAGGCUUUCCAUCUUCAUCUCCUCUGAACCCAAAGUCAUAUGAAGCUAACAUUUUGCAUGUGAAUGAUGCAAGCAUCUGUGGUCCACAUGUGCUCACAGAAUUACCCGUACAUCAUUUUGUGAAUAUGUUCUCUCAUAGAUGUAGACAUAAAAUAGUUCAUUCAGCUAUAUUGUAUUCAUAUUCUUCUAAUAAAUCUAUGCUCGAACCAGGAAA